AAGGUAAUUAAUCUCUACGCUUCUCUCUCUGCAAUUACUCCUUGAGAGCAUCUCUCUCUAGAAUAUAGAGUAUUGCUGACUUGAGCGUUGGAGUGUUUUCCCCGAGGAAACAUCCUCGGGAUUUUCAGGUGUAGAAGCAGCUGAAGACUUCAACAGUGCUGGAUUGUGAAGCUGCCCAAACAUUUGGCGCCAUCUGUGGGAACUCGAACAAGAAGUUGUGUGACUUAACCUGCUGAAAGACAAAAUGGUCCGUACCUUUACAGGAGGUCGCCUUCCAAGAAAUGAAAUGGACGAACAGGAGGACACUCAUGUAUCUGGACCUGGCUUGAAUGACUUUAGGUCAAUGCCAAGAAAUCUUUUUGUAGGAGGAGCCGAACAGGAUCACUUGAGUGAGACAGAUGAUGAAAGAACACCAACUGGGUAUGCAACCCAGCCUGAACAGUUCCAAGUUCCAACAGGAACAAGACAAAGAUCUGCUAGACCAUACAAUUCACAGCAUGAGCGACCUGAAAGGUCGACAGAGCCUGCUCGGACAACCAAGCUCGAAGAAAGAACCAGAGUUCUCGAAAUGGCAAUGGGUAAAAUACUUGCCCGUUUAAUUCCUGAUGACCCCUUGAUUCCUUUGCUGAACAGAGAGGCACAACCGGCUGUGGUUGUUGCAACCCGAAACUCCCCCGCUCUCAGCAACAUAGUAGUGCCGACCAGGCCAAGGGGAAGCGGAAAGCUGAAUAUCGAGCCCAGCUCGUCCAAACAUAGUGAAGAGCUUAUGAGAAAAAACGCAGACCUUGAAAGACAACUGCGGGAAGUGCAAAAGUCUAUUGACGAGCUAAAAAGUCCCAGGUCGCACCAACAGACUCUGGAUUUGGAUAGUGCACCACUGAACUUAUCCAUUACGGCAGAGCCAUAUCAAGAGGGGUUCAAAAUUCCCCACCUGGAGACAUAUGAUGGCUCGGGUGACCCUGAUGAACAUCUGCACACCUAUCAAGCCAUCAUGAGAAUCCAAAACGCUAAUGAUGCCAUGAUGUGCAAGGUGUUCCCAGCAACACUCAAGUCAACAGCCAGGAGAUGGUAUCACAAACUCCCCAGACAUUCAAUAGAUUCAUUUUCCCAGCUCGCUAAAUACGAUCUGCCUGUCCGCCCUGUUGCAUGGGUUGAAACGUGGCCGUUCCUAGACGACCUGCUUGAAAACCCACCAAAGACGUGGAACGAGGUGAAUGACAGGUCGGCCAGCUUCAUACUGUCAGAGGACUUUCAGUCGUCCAAGCGACGAGCUGAUGAUAAGCUGAGCAAAAGCCAGGAACAACAACCGAGAAGAGAAGAGAAGAAGAAGCAGAAGGCCAGCGAGCAAUGGGGGAAACCAGCGGAGUUCCCGAAAUAUGCCAAUUACAUUCCUUUGACCUUACCCAGGUCUCAAAUCUUGGCACAAAUCCAGCAUUGGGUUAGGAGACCCCCACCCCCAUUGCAUGAUUCCCCGAGGGCAGACAAGAGCAAGCACUACGACUACCACCGUGUAUAUGGUCACAAUAUAGAGGAUUGCCAACACUUGAAGGAUGAGUUGGAGUUUUUAGCUCGUAACGGGAAGUUAGAAGGGUAUGUUCAGAAGCCUCACACCCAGCAACCCACUCAAACCCAUUUCGUGCAGGCAUACGACCGACCUCAAGGGCAGAGGUAUCAGCACGGAGGGACGCAGGAUGUAUAUCAAGAUAACCAGUAUCCUUCUGAGCAGGGCAGAGCAUACCGAGGACGUCCGUUCAACAAGCGAGGACAGGGACCGAGAACUACCGCCCCGAAUCAAAAAGACAGGAAAGGGGUGGGUUACGCGGGGAUACCCCCACCCUCUGGAACCAUAAACAUGAUAUCAGGUGGUGUUCACUCUGGGGGCCAAAGCGCUCGAGCUCGCAAGGCAUACGCCCGACAGGUGAUGACAGUCAACAAAAAUAGACCCUUGAAGCGGCCAUUUGAGGAAGCAGAAUGGGAGAAUACACCUGUCACAUUCAGCCCGGCAGAUUACAAGCGAGCAGAAGCAGAGCCUGACAUUAUUAUGCCUCAUGCUGAUCCCUUUGUGGCAGCAGUUCAUAUAGGCAAUCAUAAUGUCAAUAAGGUGUUUAUUGACACUGGUAGUUCGCCAAAUAUCCUGUAUUGGGGUUGCUUCCAGAAGAUGCAGCUAAAUCUGAGCUCGCUGCAAAAGCACGAAGGGCCAAUAUACGGGUUUGAUAACCAGCCCGUCCCGGUCGAGGGAGUUAUCACUCUUCCUAUAUAUGUGGGCUCUGAACCACGCUUUAGGAUGGCUUCCGUCACCUUCCUGGUCGUUAAGAUGGAAUCAGCUUUCAAUGCUAUAUUAGGAAGAGCCACCCUGUGCGAGCUGAAGGCUGUCAUCUCGCAACCCCAUCUCUGCAUGAAAUUCCCAACUCCUCAGGGGGUAGGAGUGCUGAAGGGGAAUCAAAAGAUGGCUAGAGCCUGUUAUCAAGACACAUUCAAGAAGGUCGAGCUCGCCGCAGCCCUAGCAUGUGCUGAAGGUCGCAAGCCAACCCAGCUCGCUCAGCAAACAAUGAGCAUUUCAGACAUUGAACACCGACCUGAAGGUGUCGAGCAGAAAGCAGAACCAGUGGAGCUGGUAGAAACGGUCCCUCUGAACCCAGCUGUGCAAGAGAGAACGGUCAAGAUUGGCACCAAACUCACAGAGGAGGAACGGGCAGAGCUCCUGGAGUUUUUGAGGGACAAUCAAGACGUGUUUGCAUGGACUACGGACGAAAUGCCGGGCAUCCCCGCAGAGUUGACAGUCCACAAGCUAAGCACGGACCCCACUAAAAGGCCAGUGGCAGGUUUCAUCAGAAGAGUGGAGUACUCUGAGUGGGUAUCUAACCCCGUGCUCGUUAAAAAGCCAAAUGGCAAGUGGAGGAUGUGCAUUGAUUUCACUAAUUUAAAUGAGGCGUGCCCAAAAGACCCUCAUCCCUUGCCGAAUGUUGAGAAGCUAGUAGAGCGGGCAGCCGGACAUGAGCGGAUGAGUUUCCUGGAUGCUAGCUCAGGUUAUCACCAGGUUCAGUUGCUGUUGGACGAUUACGAGAAAAUGGCCUUUUACGCUGGUGACGCGAUUUACUGCUAUGUGAUGAUGCCGUUUGGCCUGAAGAAUGCUGAUGCAACAUACCAGAAACUUGUACAAAUCAUUUUCAAGCUCCAGAUCGGCAAAAACAUAGAAGUAUAUGUGGAUGACAUGAUAGUCACCAGCCAAAUGGAGCCACCAAGGACGGUCAAAGACGUGCAGCGUUUAACAGGUCGUGUUGCUGCGCUGCACAGAUUUAUAGCCAAGUCGGCAGAAAGAUGCCUUCCAUUCUUCAAGGCCCUGCGAGAGCCCAAGAACUUUCAAUGGACCGAUAUGUGUCAACGGGCUUUUGACGAGCUCAAACGAUACCUAGCGUCAGCACCCCUGCUGUCCAAGCCUGUGGAAGGGGAGAGUUUGUAUCUGUAUUUAGGGGUUACUGCAGAGGCGAUUAGCUCGGUCUUACUCAGGGAAGAGAAUAAGGCCCAGAAGCCUAUCUGUUAUAAGCCUGAACUCUUUGGUCGGCUUAUCGGAUGGAGCGUCGAGCUGAGUGAAUAUGACCUCACAUUCCAGCCACAUACAACCAUAAAAGGCCAAGCCGUCGCUAACUUUCUGGUAGAGUGCAUCUCGGCGACGGAAGAAGAAAAAGCACCCGAACAACCAGUCUGGGUCUUGUAUGUUGAUGGAGCCGCUAACGUUGAAGGACCGGGUGCAGGGGCUGUGCUGGUGGGCCCAGAUGGUUUUAAGUCUGAGCAUGCACUGAGAUUUAAGUUUCAAACGACUAACAACGCUGCAAAAUAUGAAGCCCUCAAAUACGAAUUGAAGUUGGCGACCGAGCUGAAGGCACAGAGCAUUCAGGUUUUUAGCGACUCUCAGCUCGUUGUAGGCCAGGUGAAAGGCAACUAUGAAACGAGGGAUACACAGCUUGCUCGUUAUGCCUCUGUGGUUAACAGAUUAAAGUCAAGAUUUGCUUCUUUUCAGAUCGACAAAAUACACAGGGCGGACAACCAGCGAGCUGAUGAGCUGUCUAAGUUAGCCUCCUCGCAAGAGACCAACCCUCAUAGGUCAACAACAGUCGAGGUACUUGAUACUCCGAGCUAUACUGAUUUCACACUCGAGUGUCAACUACUCAGCACAGACCCUUGUUCACCGAGCUGGACCACCCCGCUCAUAAGUUAUCUGCAAAGUGGCGAGUUACCUGAAGAUCAGUCCGCUGCAAAAUUGAUUAAACGCAGGGCGCUCGGUUAUAACUGGCCCACUAUAGUCGAGGACGCUCAGAACUAUGUCAAAAAGUGCCCGACCUGCCAGUUCAAUGCCGAUGAUAUUCACAUGCCAAGUAUCCGAGCUCGUCCUACAGCUUAUGCUAACCUAGUGACUGUCUAUGAACUGAGCAUAAGUACCUUUCUUGAAACAGGGGAAAUGCUAUCAUCUCUUACGUCUCCCUGGCCUUUUGCUCAAUGGGGUGUCGACCUGCUCGACCCCUUCAUCAAAGGCAAAGGAGGCUGCACUUUUCUAGUCGUUGCAGUGGAUUACUUCACUAAGUGGAUAGAAGCUAAACCAUUAUCCACGACAACAGAAAGGAAAAUAGAAGAAUUCUUGUUCAAUUCCAUACUGUGCAGGUUUGGCAUACCUAAGCGGAUUAUCGCCGACAAUGGGCCACAGUUCCGAGCGGCGGCGUUGAGAUCGUUUUGUAAUGAUUAUGGCAUUGAGCUCGCCUUGACAUCUGUGUACACUCCACAGUCCAAUGGGCAAGCUGAGUCCGCCAAUAAAAUCGUUUUGCGAGGCCUCAAGACACGUGUUUUGGCUGCACAUUCAAAUUGGGUUGACGAGCUCAAUAAAGUGCUUUGGUCUUGUCGCACCACACCCAGCUCGGCCACGGGCGAAACCCCUUUCAGCCUGGCCUAUGGAGCUGAAGCCGUCAUCCCAGUGGAGGUUGGAUUGCCAUCCGAUAGAUCAGAUCAUCAUGACGAUCAGAAUAAUGAACAACUCUUAAGGGAGAACCUAGACUUUGUGGAAGAAAUCAGGGAGGUGUCCCGAAUAAGAAACAUGGCACAUCAAAGUCGUGUUGCAAAAUUUUACAAUAAAAGGGUUCGAGCCCGCCAAUUUCAGGUUGGCAAUUUGGUUCUACGCAAGGCUGGAUUAACCAACACUUACUCACACAUGGGCAAGCUCGCCCCUAAUUGGGAAGGCCCAUAUAUGGUUAUUCGAGUUAAACGGCCUGGCUCUUACGUGUUAGCAAAUAUACACGAGUGUCAGUUAUCUUACCUUUGGAACAUACAGAACCUUAGAAAGUUUUACAGUUAACGUGUGUAAUAUUGAUUCUGUUUCAGGUGUUAUCCAACAGUUGUAAACAAAGGUAUAUAGAAAUG